UGCGGCCCCCGCCAGGGGCAAGACUUCCGGGUUGCCGCUUCAGCUCUCGCGAGAGAUGGGGAGAAGCCGGCGGGGCGCGCGGUGGGCGAAACAAACAGUGACUAUUACAAAAACUGUGGCGAGUGAACAAAGAGAAGUUAUUUUAUGAAGUGUCUGAUCAAAAAGUCUUUCUGCUGAGAAAACAUCAGACUUCGUGCAUGCCUCAGCAAAGACAACACUAACAUCGGAGUGUUUGUGAUGAAGAUGCCAGUGCAGGGCGCAGGCUAGCUAACAGACAGAAGCAACUUUUAGAUGACUGCCAACCUGCGCUAGACACAAACUUGCACCAGAAGGUAAAUUACGCUUCCAUCCUUAUGACUAAUAUGCUGAGCUGUCUGUUCCUAUUGGGUGUAAAUAUUUCAGAGAUAACCCGUGUCGGGAUUGAACAACGGUUAAAAAGAAACACUGAGGUUUGUGAAAUUCACUGGCUUAUCACCUACUUUUGGCUAUUGGAUGGAUAGUCCUCCCAGUGCAAGCUCAAAUCCAAAUAAAUAUCGACUCAGGACAACAUUCAUAUGGCACUCCUCUCUUGAAAUGCCAAUUUCCUCUUCCUCCUCUGCACGUGAGUAAAUAGUUUGAAGGAAUUGCAUUCCUCCUAGGUGAGUGUGCUGGCUAUGAUAAAUAACAAUUAGUAGCAACAGCUAAGAAUUACAGACUUUUUCCCCACCAAGGAAUAGCUGGGAUUAGUCAAGAGAAAGUGUCAAUGAAAACAGUAACACAGUCUUAAAUCUGAAAUGAAGGAACAGCAAAUGUUUACCACACUAAGAGGACAAACACCAUGAGGGUGGGACAGGAGUUCUGGGAAUACUCUCCUGAAAAAAAAGUUAAUUGAUUAAAAUACAGAUGUAGUAGUAGGUACAAGAAACCAGGCUCAGACAACGAGGCAGCACCAUUAUUCAUGCUCGCAGAUCGCUCUGCGGCUCUAGCUGCUGCUGGCUUGAGAUGUUGCUUACCAAAGAGCAUGUGUAGCUUUACCUGUGAAUGGCCAUGCAAGGGUAACUGUGAGGCAGAGGUCAUAUUCCUUGUUCUUCCUUGGGUGGAAAUAUAAAUUUGGAAGGUUAUGGCAAGUAACAUCCUCAGUUCUCAGGGCUUAGCUCAUAAUAGAGCACUGUACAUUAGGUAAGUAACAGAUUGGGGCCACAUUUGCAUAAUAAAGACCAACGCUGCUGCACAUUGCAUCUCCCUCUCUGCAAUGCCAUAAUUACAGACGUUAUGGUCUGUAAACAUAUUUGAAGACAACUAAGCCCAAGCACAUUCUAACCUAUUUGUAUCUUGCCUUACAGUUGGAAUCAAUACCUGUAACUGGCUGAGAACACUAUGUAGCAACAUAGUGUUGGUGUACUUCAUAGAGUUAGUACAACACAAUGAAAACUGGACUGCUGGGGUCUUUUGCCGAAUCUCAUAGUAACCCUUAUUGCUUUUAACAGAUAGACCUUUAACCCAUUGAGUUGCACUGGCAUUAGCGAUUCUGUGUUCAAAACGUGAGUUAGUGCAUUAUAAAAACUACUUACCUUUAAGGUGUAGGUGGCUUUUUUAUUCUCAGAUACAGCCAUUGACUCUUGAUGAAAAACUCUUACCUGCAGAGAUGUAUUCCAAACCCCGAACUGAGUGACAGCAUGCACAUAUGCACAGGGAACACUGCCAGUACUAACAGUGACAUGGCACUGGCUUCACAUGACUCGUCUGGGAGGGGACAGCCAGCUCCUGCUUGGAAACACACCCCUGUCACAUUUGCCUAAACCGUCAUAAAGUUUCCACGGCAGUAGUGAAAGGUGAGGAGUUGAACUCUGGGCUCUGAAUAGACACAAAGGACUUCUCCUAGACUACCAUCAGCAGGAGGUGAGCAAAGAAUGUGCAGCCAGAGUUCAGGGGUAUACUAGCUUGAAAAGAUACGAUAGAAACUUUGAGGAAAUCAUUAAAAGGCAAUGGCAUGUGUCUGUGUAAAGUAUGGUUGUAAGCUUUCCUAGGCACUGUGGUUGCCUUCAGAUGCGGGUAGUGCUUGGCACAGUAGGACAUCCACCAAGCACAACAUCUAAUCCUGUGUCUGUCCACACAGUGUGGCUGAUAAGCAACUUUUUGGGUGACCAGUGUAUUCCUCCUUUCUGAAACGAAACACUGCAAGAGGACUACUCCUAAGAGGCUUGCUCCAUCGGAAAGAUGAAAAGAGACUCUGGAUAUUCCACCAUGGCUGAGCAGCAGAAGCAGGAGGAGAAGCUCAGGGAUGCUGUGAAGAUCACUGCCCGUGUCCUUGGUACGGGCUUGCUCAUAUUCACCGUCUUGGCGAACUCUGUUUCUGGGUAUGCACAGAAUAUCUGGGACACUUUAGGCCAUUUCUGGCAGACAACAUGGCUGAAGUUCUACUACCUGUGUGAGGGAAAGGAGCGGACAAUUUUCUUCCUUGGGGCUGCGUUGGUGCCUUGCCUUGCUUUCUGGUGCUUCAAUGGAAUCCUUAUGGUGGCUGAUGUAACAGGAAAGCCAGCUUUCAUUACUCGCUAUCGCAUUCAGCUGGGCAAGAAUGAUCCUGUGGACACAAAGAAAUUGCGCCAAGCCAUCUACACAGCGCUGUGUAAUCAGUUCUUUAUCUCCUUGCCCAUGCUUGUGCCCAUGUUCUACGUCAUGAAGUGGUGGGGCAGCACCUUCAACAAGGAAUUACCCACCUUCCACUGGUUUCUUAUGGAGCUAGGCAUCUUUACCUUAAUAGAGGAAGUUCUCUUCUAUUAUACACACAGGCUCGUUCACCUCCCGGUCCUGUACAAGCACAUUCACAAGAAGCACCACGAGUGGACAGCCCCCAUCGGUGUGGUCUCCAUUUAUGCUCACCCAGUAGAACACAUACUCUCCAACACGCUGCCCGUCAUGACUGGCCCGAUGCUGAUGGGGUCCCAUAUCGUUUCAAUCGCAGCAUGGUUCUCCCUUGCUCUCGUAACAACAAGCAUUUCGCACUGCGGCUACCACCUGCCCUUCCUACCGUCGCCAGAGUUCCACGACUUCCACCACCUCAAGUUCAACCAGUGCUAUGGAGUCCUGGGAGUGUUGGAUUAUCUGCAUGGCACAGACACAGUGUUCAAACAGACCAAAGCCUACCAGAGACACAGGGUCCUCCUCAGCCUCACGCCGCUCUCAGAGAGCAUCCCCGAGGCACCCAGGGCAGAGUGAACCAACCCCGCAGCCUGCAGGGUGCCGCAGAGCCCCGUGACUAGCAGAGCAAGAGACAAUGAUUUAUGCCAAAUAGUAUUUUAAUUGGGAAACAAGUUAUUGUUCACAUGUAAGAAAACCUGAAGCUGAACUUAAAACAUGCGACUUGAAAUGACCGCACUUUUGCUGCCACUAUUUUCUACCCAAGGCAGAAAAAAUAAAGAACUGCUCUAGAAAGCUAUUUUAAAACCACGUUUAGUGGGUUUUUUCUUAAUUACCUGCACUGUUCCUUGUUCUAGCUGCCUGCACUUAAGCCAGAUAUGUUCUGGGCCACAUGGCUUUGGGGAGUUAUUAAGGUUUUUGCGCUUCAGUUUUCACUCUUUGAGCAGCGUUCUGCAGAAAUACCAGCAAGAUCACUGUAACUACAUGUAAUAGGAUUAAACCCACUACUUUUCUGAGACUUUGAACACCUGGGAUACGAGAUGCAACCCCAUGGAAAGUCAGCGGGGCCAGAGUUUUGGAAACAUGCAACAGAGGCCUGACUUCCCCCAAGUUUUUCUUCAUCCUGGUCUGACCAAGGGCCGUCACGGCCUACAUCGCCACUCCACAAACUAACAGCUGCAAACGUGAAGCCAGUUUCCCCAUCGUGGGACAGGAGAGCUGGGGGCUGAUGUGCUACAUGGCAGAAGCCCUGGUCCAUCACUUCCUCCUGCUGAGCUCCAUCUUGCUCCCCACACGCCAAGAGGGGUCACAAACCAGAACUGCACAACGUGAAGUUGUUGUGAAGCGCACAACGUGUGUGAAGCGUCUGCACAACUGCAGAAAGAGACUUUCCAAGGGAAGAAGAGUCCCGGCUGUCCUGAGUUGCGUGGACACUAGUGAAACCCUGUAAGAAAGGGCCCAAAAGAGCGUAGCAUCCAUACCUUUAUGCGUGUCCGUAAGUACCUACACAACUGAUCGAUCCUAUCUGGGGGCCUGGGACAAAAAUGACACAUGUCACCAUUGCUAGGCCGUGUCCUCCGAGGAAGCUCCACCUGAGGAACCAGCUCUUCUCCCACCCUCCUUCAGCCCCCGCGACCGCACAGGGAUGAGCCCAACCCGUUCAUGUCCCCUUGGGGAAGGCAAGUCAGCAGAACAGAAAACCCAGGCUGCACUGUCUUUUGAAGUUUUUAUUUUUAUACAUUUUUUUUGUAUUAAAAAGGAAAAAGCAUAAUUACCACAAAUUACAAAGGACUAAAGCAUUACUAGAAUAAUGAAUCACAUCAGCCUAGAAAGCAGAUACUCUGAAUAAUAUUAAUGUUAUAAUACAAGCUCUCAUUCAAGUAUUUUACAUUUUUCUCUUUUCCUUUUAUAUGUGAUGAUGAUCCUAGCACAUGAGUCAAAGAUUAUGUACUAUCGACAGAAGAUGGAUCAUGUACAGUGGGCCAUAUUAACAAGAUUUUCCUCCCAAGUGAUA